ACGAAAUCAAUAGGUUGUGUGUGCCGCUUAAAAAACAAGCAGCAGACGAUACAACAGCUGAAAGUGCGUCUUAUUUACACUGUCAUUUAACAAACCAAUAAAAGCGUAUCACCAGCAACAACAACAAUAAUAAUAAUAAUACAACCAAUAUCAUCUCUCUACAUUGUGAUGUUAUAAAUAAACUAUCAAAGAUCAACGUUUAAGUUCAUGUUGUCGCUUUAAAUCAAGAUAACCAACACACAUGCAUACCAAGUGAAGUAACAACAAAAAAGAAGUGUAUUCAAAAUGUUUAAUAUUAAUAAAAAAUCGGAAUAUUUUAUAAAUUUUGUAAAAAAUUUAAAAUGUAUAACAUGUCUAUGCUUAAUUGCAUGCAUAAAUUUUAACAAUAUUUAUGACGUUAAUGCACAAAGUAGCUGCGCUAAUCCCAACCGCAAAUCUGGUCUCUGUGUAUCGAUCUACCAGUGCAAUAGUCUGCUGAGUGUGAUACAAACAAUUAAUAUUUCACCACAAGAAUUGCAAUUUUUACGAGAAUCUCAGUGUACAAAUGGUCAUGGCAAUCCACCAUAUGUCUGCUGUACAGCAGACAAAAACUAUGCUCAAACUCCAACCACCUCUGCCACUAUUGUGGAACAAACAACUCCAACUACAACGCUGAUAAAGGAUGCCGCACCAAGUAAUGGUAUGGGUAAUGUGUUGCCACAACCACCACGUUGUGGUCCAGAUCCUUUAGAUGGUAAAAUUUACAAUGGCAUUGACACUGUACUAGAUCAAUAUCCAUGGAUGGUUUUGUUGGAAUACAGAAGUAAAAAUGGCCAACCAGUUUUAAAUUGUGGUGGCAGUUUAAUAAAUCAACGUUAUGUUUUAACCGCGGCCCAUUGUGUUAAAGGCGAAAUUGAAACAUCAGUUGGUCCUCUCUCCCGCAUACGUUUGGGAGAAUACGACAUUAGCUCUGAAAUCGACUGCCUUGGCUCCGACUGUAACAACAAAGUUCUGGAAGUGGGUUUCGAAGAAGUUAUACCACAUCCGCAAUACGAUCCCAAAAACAUUAAUCGUUAUCAUGACAUUGCUCUUAUACGUUUAGAUCAAGAUAUAGACUACAAUGAUUUUAUACGACCUGUAUGCCUGCCAGUGGCAACUACAAAACAGGAUAUUAACACAGGAGCUCUACUAACGGUGGCCGGUUGGGGCAGAACUUUAUUGGCCCGUCAAUCUAAUGUCAAAAAACAACUAGAUGUUCCUGUUAACGAUCAUGAUGCUUGUGUUCAAAAGUUUAGCAGUAGAAAAAUUAAUAUUGGUUCAUCGCAGUUGUGUGCUGGCGGCGAGUUUGCCAAAGAUAGUUGUGAUGGUGAUUCCGGUGGCCCAUUGAUGCGCAAGGCCUAUAUGAAACGUUGGUAUUUGGAGGGUAUUGUUUCAUUUGGUAAUCGUUGUGGUCUCGAGGGUUGGCCUGGUGUUUAUACACGCGUUGCUGAUUACUCAGAUUGGAUACAAAGCAGUUUAAGACCUUAGUUUUU